CUUUCUUUCUAAAACACCAAUCGACAUUCGACACAAUGUUCAAACGCGUCGAGAAACGGCGCCGAAAGAAAGAAGAGGAGGAAGAACUCGGUCUAGACGAGGACAUGAAGGAGGUUCUUGGGAUCCACGACACGGAUUCGGAAGAGUCCAACUCUGAAUCGGAUUCAGAGCCUGAAGGCGAUAGUGACUCUGACAUUGAAGAAGGUGGGGGUCUAGGCGAAGAAGGGGACGAGCGUGAAGCUGAAGCUGAGGAGAGUGGAGAAGAGGAAGAGGAAGAAGACCCCUCCGUAACAGUCGCCCAAGCGCUGCAGGACCCCAUCUACGUCGUAUCCGUCCUACCAGAAGUAAAAGCCUGCAUCGUCUGCCCCGGAAAACUUCUCAAAGGCGUGAAAAUGGUCCAACUGCACAGAACCUCCAAUGCUCAUGAUCGACGAUUGAAAACGUUUAAAAAACUUGCUGCUAACGCGGAUUCAACUGGGAGCGCAUGGGAGGUCCUCAAGCAACACGCAGAGGAUAAACCUAAGCUGUCCCUUGUGGAACCUUCUGCUACAUCCAAAAGAGCUGAAAAGAAGGAAGCGAGCAAACUAAUCCGCAAAGCUCGUCGCGAAAAAGCAAAAGCAAAGGCUAAAGCCAAGAAAGCAACUGAAAAGCAGCCUGCCCCAGCUGACGACACAUCUGCGCCGAAACCCACGUCACCAAAGAAAGAAUCUCAGGUUGCAAACGAAGACAAGCCUGCGAAGAAAAAACGUAAAGUAGGAGAUCUGGCCAAUUCUCCAAGGAAAAAGAAGGAAAAAGACGCAGUAACUCCAUCUUCUGCGGAGCAAGACGAACCUAAAAAAGCUGGUCCAACGACCGAGGCCACAACUCUAGCAAAAGCUGUCAAGAGCAUAGCCAAAUCUACACAUGACCGGGCAAAAACAGCGCGGUCGCGGGCGUCAAGCAUGUCAAAAGCUCCUCGGAGAAAGCCUCUAGUAUCAUCUUGAUUCCUCGUAGAUACAUGUAAGUAACGAUACCCCAUUGUUCCCGACAAUACAAUAAAAAUAACACACACAUACAUACACGGAUUCCAAUAAAAGUAUGCAUGAAUAGCAACCCCGCCCCCCCUCUUCCCUUCUACGCAUCAACCACCAUCGACCCCUCCUGUCCAUUGUCCCAACCCUCAAACCCAAGCUCAUCCACGCCCUCCAUCCCACCAGCCUCCAUAAACCUCCGAACAUCCACAACCUUCACCGACACACGCUCGACCCCACCUAGUUCCACUCUGAAAGAAUUUCCUUGUCGCUGAGUUUUUUCCAUUUCCAACCACAUUCGCGUUCCCAUUCUUCAAGUGUGGGUGCGAGUGCGAGUGUGGAGGGUGAGAAAUGGAAUAAUACUGCCCCGUCAAAAGACUCAUCCGCUUUUUAGCAGGUCGGCGACGCGUCGUUUUCUGCUAUGAUUAUAGGUGGUGGCGUAAGAAUCCGAAUCAGAGUCCCACGAGUCCGAGUCCAAU